CACAAGUACGGGAGUACACAAGUACGCACAAGUACACACAAGUACGCACAAGUACGCACAAGUACACACAAGUACGCACAAGUACACACAAGUAUGCACAAGUACGCACAAGUACACAAAAGUAUGCACAAGUACACACAAGUAUGCACAAGUACGCACAAGUACGCACAAGUAUGGAUAUUGAGAAACAGCCUGACACUGACUGAUGACAUCAUCACCCUGCGCUCACGAGCAGCGUCUUUCAAUGUGUGUGUGUGUGUGUGUGUGGACCUCUAAGUUUUGUCAGGGUUUCCUGGUCGAGCACUUAUUAAGCAGUCGUUGCUAGGCAACUGUGGUCCAUCAAUGAGAGCGGUUUAGUCCGUGGGUUUGAUUUUUCUCGUUGUCUUCAUAGCUGCUUUUGAUUGUGUUUCGCUGUCACAGAUUAAUAAUCCCUCAGUUUUAUCCUCCACAUGACGGUCGUUUGACUCUCUCAUGAUUCAUGCUAAUGUAGCAUGCUAACAUUCAGUCAAAGUUUAAUACAUGUCAGUGUAGCACUCCUGUUAGCAGUAGUAGCAUCAGAGUUAUCAGAGAACUUUCCCAGUUCCAACUUCCAAGCACCUAUUUAAAUGGAACACACACCCAGCAUUAGCAUUACGGGCUAUAGUAGCAUCAGCGUUGUAACAGUUCCUGGAAGUUACAGCCACUUUAACAAUUAGUGUUAGCACUCGCACUAGCUAGGUGUAGCAGAGUGUUAUUAGUAGUGACAUGUUUUUGUUAGCAGUGGGAGCUAACAACACAUGUAAGCAGUGUUAGCAGUGGGAGCUAACAACACAUGUUAGCUUAGCUUUCAGACUUUUUUCUGUGAUUCAGCCUGGACCAGGUUUAAGGUUAGACCUGGUUUUAAGGCUCAAGUUCAGCUGAAGUGUGUGUGGGUGUGUUAGAAAACUUUGACCUGACCUUUGACCUUCAACACACUUGUUAAAGUGAGUUAGGACCCUUAGUAAAUCAUAUAGCUACUUAUUUUUAUUGCUGCACAGUUGCACAGUCAUUUCAAAUAAAAAAUCUUGAAUCUUUAAGUGUUAAACACACACACACUCCGGUUGUUUCCGUGGUUACAGAGACACUGGGAUCUCCAUGGCAACAGACAGAUACCAUAAAGCAGCAGGAAGAAGAAAAUAAAUAAAUAGUUAAAGCUGUGUGUGUUUUUUCACCUCAGCUGUCAAUCACAGCUUAGUCCCGCCCCCAACCCACCCACUUCAUGGACUGGACCAUAAUUUACAAAAUGGGAGGUGGAGCUGAAACUAGUGACUGAAAUCUUAGUCCUAAUCUUGACCAGGUCCUCUACCAGAAUAAGGUUCUGCCUCAUGAGGACCAGGUUUUGGUCUCCAUGACGACGACUGGUCCUGACAAAAUCAGUGUCACAGAUAAUACAUGUUCUUGUAACCAUGGUAACCAGCUCUGUCUAAGCAUCAGUGCUUCAGUUUAUGGGAUGUCUGACAGUUUAAUCUCCCUGCAGCUGCAGAUUUGGAUGUAGAUUAUAAAUAGAUAUACACAAACACACACACACAAAUGUGCAUGUGUGUGUCUGUGUGUGUGUGCCUGUGUGUGUCUGUGUCUGUGUGAGUGCGUGUGCAUGUGUGUGUGUGUGCGUGUGUGUGUGUGUGUGUGUGAGAGUGUGUGUGUGUCUGUGUGUGUGUGUGUGUGUGUGAGUGCGUGCGUGUAUGUCUGUGUGUCUGUGUGUGUCUGUGUGUGUCUGCGUGUGUCUGUGUGUGUGUGUGUGUGUGUGUGUUCCAGCUCUCUCUCAUGUAAAGUUGUGGGCGAUCGACCGUCAGUGUUUCCAGACCAUAAUGAUGAGAACUGGACUCAUCAAACACACCGAGUAUAUGGACUUCCUCAAGAGACGCACUAUGACGAUGGCGAGUUCAUCAUCAGACAAGGAGCCACUGGAGACACCUUCUUCAUCAUCAGCAAGGGAAAGGUGAACGUGACACAGGAGAGCUCGGCCAAUCAGGAGCCGGUACAUCUGCGGGCGCUCGGCCGGGGAGACUGGUUUGGAGAGAGAGCGCUGCAGGGGGAGGACGUCAGAACAGCCAACGUUGUCGCCAUGGAAACGGUCACCUGCCUGGUCAUCGACAGAGACUCAUUCAAGCAUCUGAUUGGUGGAUUAGACGACGUCUCAGGGCGAGUGUACGAGGACGCAGACGCACAAGCCAAGUACGACGCAGAGAACGCCUUCUUCUCCACUCUGAAGCUGAACGACUUCAACAUCAUCGACACGUUGGGAGUCGGUGGCUUUGGACGCGUGGAGCUGGUGCAGCUGAAGAACGAGGAGGUGAAGACUUUUGCGAUGAAGAUCCUGAAGAAGCGUCACAUCGUGGACACCAGACAACAGGAACACAUUCGCUCUGAGAAACACAUCAUGACUGAGGCUCACUGUGACUUCAUCGUCAGGUUGUAUUGGACAUUCAAAGACAGUAAAUACCUGUACAUGCUGAUGGAGGCGUGUCUUGGAGGAGAAGUGUGGACCAUCCUGAGAGACAGAGGUUCGUUUGAAGACUCGACCACCAGGUUCUACACGGCGUGUGUAGUCGAAGCUUUGGCUUACCUUCACGCCAAAGGCAUCAUCUACAGAGACCUGAAGCCCGAGAACCUGAUCCUGGACGGUCGAGGAUAUGCCAAACUGGUCGACUUUGGUUUUGCCAAGAAGAUCGGCUGCUGUAAGAAGACCUGGACAUUCUGCGGGACACCGGAGUACGUGGCUCCAGAGAUCAUCCUCAACAAAGGUCACGAUGUCUCGGCAGACUACUGGUCUCUGGGCAUCCUGAUGUUUGAGCUGCUGACCGGCAGUCCACCGUUCUCAGGUCCAGAUCCGAUGAAAACCUACAACAUCAUACUGAGAGGCAUCGACAUGAUCGAGUUCCCCAAAAAGAUGACCAAGAAUGCCGGCAACCUCAUCAAGAGGCUCUGCAGAGAUAAUCCGUCAGAGAGACUUGGGAAUCUGAAGAACGGAGUCAAAGACAUCCAGAAACACAAGUGGUUUGAAGGCUUUAACUGGGAAGGUCUAAGGAAAGGAACUCUGACUCCACCCAUCACUCCUGAUGUGUCCUCUCCGACUGACACCAGUAACUUUGACAGUUUUCCUGAAGACACAGACGAACCGCCUCCAGACGACAACACCGGCUGGGACUAUGACUUCUAAAGCUCCGCCCCCAGCUCACACCAAAUCACGAAGCCUGCAAAGAUGAAGAAGUGGACGUUUCAACAAGACUCUGUGGAGCCUUUAAUGGACGAUUGUUGCUCCUCCCUGUGAAUAAACCUUUCAUUAUUUGAGUGUUUGACUAAAUGCAGAGGUUUGUAGAUGAUGGGGAGAGGAGGAGGAGCUUAACCCGAACUCAAACCCUUGUCGGUCAAACAGGACUCCUUUUGUCAAUGGAUCUGGACUGGUUCAUGGUUCUCCAACACCUCAGAGCUGGAAAUGGGACACAGAAAUAUCUGGAGUCCAUGAAAAUAUUUACGACCGGUGUCAUUUUGCUGGAUUCUGUCAGACAUCCGGAAUGUUCUCAAACGUCCGGAACGUUCUCAGAUGUCCGGAAUGUUCUCAGGCGUCCGGAACAUUCUCAGACGUCUGGAACGUUCUUAGACGUCUGGAACGUUCUUAGAUGUCCAGAACAUUCUCAGGCGUCCAGAACGUUCUCAGGCGCCCGGAAUGGUCCGGCCAAUAAAAUGUGCCAGAGCAACACUUCAGUUUCCAGUCUCCAGUUUCAGUUUCUUCCAGUCUCUGGUUUCUGGCUCUAAGUUCUUCCAUCCUUGGCUCAGAUGUUUCCACAAAGAAGGUUUUAUCAAGUUUCUGAAAGAAGCUGGUCUAUGUGGAGGUGUUGGGCAGAAGUUGUCACUAAGUGUUUUAGGAGCAGGACUGGUCAAGGCCAGAUCUGUAGAGACAGCAACUGUCCCUCAAGUUCCAGACCCUCAGGACCCUAGAGUUUGAUCUUGUCUUCCUGAGACCAGCUGAGAUCUUGGAGGGUUUCUGGACCUGGUUGAAAGUGAGUAGAAGGAACAUUUACAGGUCAAACUAACCAACAGAGAACAUUGCUCCAGAUGAGCUUCAGCUCUGCCCCCAGAUCCUUGCCAAUGACAUCACACUACAGAAAGUCCUCUGCAGCCAACGGAAAACCACUGAGCGACACUUGAACUUUGACCCCUCUGAGGGAGACUGUUCUGCUGCCACCUGGUGUUUGACGUCAGCAGUCCAGGCUUAGGUUCUGGACGACGUCCGACCUUCGGGUCACCGCGAUGCCUUCACUUCUCGUUUCUGUUGCGGGAUAUUUGAAAUCGGAAGACAGAAGAAGAAAAUGUUUGGGUGUCAGAGGAGCUUUGCCUCCCCCUGAUGAAGGAUGGGAGCAGUGGUGUUAAACUUCACGAUCAUUCUAGUUUGGCAGCAUUGUUUGCACGUGAGCGUGACAUGCUUCCAUUUCUUAUUCUUUGUUUUCAUGUGUAUUGAGAUUUUUGAAGCUCAUGGUGUAGUUGCUGUUUUUAGACUUGAUUUCAGAGUCAGCGCCACCUUCUGGCUGGUGUCAGAGAUAAAAGUGUUCACUCAAAACCACAAACAUCAUAUUCUUUAUAUCUAUAAAUUGACAAAGCUCAGAUUUGAGGUGGACGUGAUUCGUUGUAUUGAUCCAGUAUUUCGUGCCCCUCUGUAAAAGUAACUGUAGUUUUUUCACUUUUAUCGUCUGCUGUGAUCUUUUUGUAAAUCCAUCAAAGAUGUGAUUUCUUUAAACGUUCUUUAAACUCUGCAUGAAAAUAUUGGUGAUAACAGUUUUUGCCACCACCAGAGGGCAGACUAGAGUCAAGACACCAACAAAUGGGCCCAAUCAAGUUUCUUUGUUUUUUGGGACGUUUACGUAAAUCACUACGACGCGACGUUCAAAGUGAAUAAAGAUGAACGUUCAGAUUAGUUUGUGCUUUAUGGAAACGACAGUGAUAUUUUUGUAUAUAUUGAGAUGAUACUGUUUCAUGGAUAUGAUGAUUGUUAUGUAUUAUUUACAUGAACGCCUCAGUAGCUGCAGAGUCUCAGUUCAAUAAAGCUUUAUCAUGUGACUGAAACAAGUUUGAUCUGUUUAAAUAAAAAAUCAUGUGAAAAAACUA